AUGCAGUACGUGGGGAUGCAUUUGGAGGAUCGGAGAUCGGUGUUCUCUCUUUCCAAUUCACCGUGCAUCCUCUCACCCUCGCUUCCUCGCGUAUUCUCGGGGUCGCUGACAGAUGAUGGUCACGAGCACGAUCAGUCCGCUGCUGAAAAACGGCCUCCAGCUGUUCGGCUUAUGGCCGGACAUGCGUUACGUGACCGUUCACCAGCUAAUUUUGAUGUCCAGCAUAUUGAUCCUCCAAUACUUUCAAUAUUUGUACGCGUUCACGUACUGCAGGUUCAACGAUCUGCCACAUUUCGUGGAGACCUUGACGGUGAUGUUUUAUUACAGUUUGACGCUGAUCAAGCUGACGACGCUUUGGACGAAUCGUCGUGUGGUGCGCGAGAUUUUGGCCGCCAUUGACUCUGAUUGGGACGAGUGCGUGAACGUUAAUCAGCAUUUGCACAUGAUGAGGACGAAAGCCAGUGCCUCGUAUUUUUGUUCGAGAGGUUGGUACAUUUUCAACACGUUCGCCGGCGGGCUUUACUUCGGGGGUGAUUGCGCGAUGGCUAUGUUGACGAGCGGCAAUAACACUGCACGACCGUUUCCCACGAAGCUACUGUUACCAUUCGAGACUGAGCAAUCACCAGUCUACGAGGUGCUCGCCUUCUCCUUGUUCCUGCACGGAAUGUUAAUGGUAUACAUAGUGGCUACUCUGAACGCGUUGAUCUGCACAUUGGUACUUCACGCAAGCGGACAAAUCAAUAUAAUAUGCGAAGAGAUCAAAACUACCUCGGAGAAUAUGAUCGAUCCCGAAUCUUUUGCGUCUACGACAAAAAUGCUGAUCGAGAAGCAUAACAGAAUCAUUACAUUCUCCGAGAAUGUCGACAGGCUUUUCUCCUUCAUAGCUUUGAUGCAAGUUCUCUCGAAUACAUCAAGUACCUGUUUGUUAGUACUCGCGACUAUGUCGGUAAGUAUCGCAGUGUCGCAGAGAGUAUUCGAGUAUGUGCUAAUUGAAAUCAUAAUUUAUUCAACUUUUCCUAAUCUUUUAAUGAGACAGUUUCUUGAUGAUGAAAAUAACGUCGGCUUACUGAAAACCAUAUUUGCUUAUACCGGUAUGACGACGGAAAUUUUUAUAUAUUGUUUCGUCGGGGAAUACCUUAGUCAUAAGAGUAGAUCACUCGCUGAUGCCGCGUACGAAUCUUUAUGGUACAAUAUGUCUUCUAAUCAUGGUAAAGAUCUAUUAUUAGUAAUCAUGAGAUCUCAGAAACAAUUGACCAUUACGGCAGGAGGAAUGGCGAAUUUAUCGUUGGAAGCUUUCACGAGUAUUAUGAAAGCGUCGGCGUCGUAUAUAUCUGUCUUGCAUGCGAUGUGUUGAUAUUAUAUAAAAUUAUAACACGGGGGCAACACAUUUGCCAAAUGAUGCAAUAGGUACGGAUUGAUAAUUUAAGAAUUAUUAUUAUCAACGAAAUUAAAUGAUAAUGUCACAUGAAAUGUGGGUAUAUCGAUACAAGAUGUAAGUUGUAGGAUCCAGAUUUAUGCAGGACCUAGAAUACGAUAUAAAUACUUAAUAAAUAUGUCUUUGUUGAUCA